AUGAAUAUACGAACUUCCCGGUCGCCCGCGACCUUUCUCCCGCAAUCCCUUUUCCUCCAUAAAUACCUUACAUCGUCCAUUUUUCCUAUAAUGAACAAGCUGAACUUAGGAGAAGCAGAUGCAUAUCUAAUUGAAAAGAGCUACGUCGACUCUGGACCGUCAUUCGAAAUAUAUCUGUCGAGGAAUCAGAGUACCCAAUGGGUACCGGCUUUUGACCGCCAACUGUACGCCCAGUCCAUACCUGCGAGAUCCGCGGUCACACCUUCAGACAGCAGUCAUCUAAUGGAGAUAGAAGAUAAGCCGACAGUGACAAGAUCAAUCGCAACGAAAUUCUCCUGA